AUGGCAGCAGACAACGGAGAAUCAUCGCCCGAUUUCUGGCGUCAAGAUGAACGUGACUAUUAUACUCUUUUAACUCUACCACGUGAUGCUUCAAAUAGUGACAUUCGAAGCCGUUUCUUGUCUCUUUCACGUGAAUUUCAUCCAGAUCGUCGACGACAAGGGAAUGGCGAGAUUGUAGCAGCUGCUAAUGCACAAUAUGCAAUUCUUGAUCGAGCUUAUAAAGUCUUACUCGAUCCUGUGAAACGUCAUGUAUAUGAUAUGUAUGGUGAAAAGGGAUUACAAGCGUAUGAACAAGAUCAAAGUUCCCACCAAUAUAUUGUUGGCACUCAUUUCAAUACUCAAGAAGAUCUUCACGAAUAUAUUGAAAAUCUUUUACGUCGAAUGAAUGAACAAACUUUAGCGAUCAAGUUUCCAUUCCAUAGUGAAAUGUCCAUGACAAUUGAUGCUUCAGACUUUCUACAGACACCAAUGAAAGGAAUUUCAAAUCUUUUCAAUCAUGGAAAACAAUAUCUCGAUCGACCAGAAAUGACAUUUCAUCAACGUACGGAAUUUUUACUUUCACGUCAAACAUCAUUGACAAUUGGAGGAUUUUUAUAUGAUCGAAAUGGAUUAAGUAUCGGAAGUUUUACAACAGGAAUUUCAUACAAAUCCUUCACUCCAAGUUUUCCAUCGUUUACAUUAUCAACUCAAUUAGGUUGGCGACCUAAAGUUCAAUGUCAAAUGAGUCAACAAAUUUCACGAUAUACAGUUUUGAUGUUCAUUCCAGAAAUUGAUGAAAAUGGAAUUGAUCUUUCUAUUGGCAUGAAUCAACUUUUAUCUUCACAAAUGCAUGGAACGAUGAUGUGGAGUACACGUGAUGGUUUAUCAGGAUCGUUAAAUCAUGAUACAAAUCAACAAAAUGCUACUGUUGCUCUUGCUGUGAAUAGUGCUGGACCAAAUUUGACAUUUCAACUUCGUCGAAUAAUUGCAAUGACAUCAACAAUAAAAGUUUCAAUACGUGCAAGUUUAUUAACUGGAGUGUCAUUUGUGACUGGUAUAAGUCAAGAAGUUUCUGAUCGUACACGUCUUGCUAUUGGUGUUUUACUUGCACGUGCUGGUAUCACACUUCGUCUCGGAUUUACACGUGGUAAUGUUCGUUUUGUGAUGCCCAUUUUUCUCUCUCCUUUUUCAAUUCAAUCAGCAUAUUUUACCUUUUGUGCUGCCACGUCACCAUUUCUUGUGGCUGCAGUUCUUUCUCAAAUUAUUAAACCGGCACAAGAACGUCAACGUCGUUUUGAACGUCAAACUCGUGAAAUGAUGCAACUUCAGUAUCUUGCUACUGCAUUUCAAAGUGCUCAAGAACAACAGAAAUUGAUGCUUCGAAGUGCAGAAGAAAAGAUGAAAUUAGAACGUGAACGAAGUGAUGGAAAAGGGUUGAUGAUUUUGUUAGGACGUUAUGGAAAGAAUCCAACGAAUUUGAAUGAAGACAAUGUGGAGGAGAAUGAUGAGAAUUUUAGGUUUGAAGAUGAAAGUCACGAGACUUUGAUCGUACAAGAAACGACGAUGAAACAUUCAAAACAAACGUGUAUUGAUGUGACGAUUCCACUUCAAUUUUUUGUUAAGAAUGGAGAACUUUGUCUACCUUCCGCAUCAAAAGCUGGCCUCUUAGGCUUUUAUAAUCCAUGUCUGAAUGAAGUGGAUUCACAAACAGCUAAUUCGUCGACUAACAAACCUUUGCUGUACGAAUGA